AAACACGGCCAGUUUUUUAAAACAUUUUAUUCGAAUAGGUCGUGUUGCGGACUAGCCCCAACAUUUCGUGCCCAACAAGACUCCCCAAAUCGUUGGAGCUCGUUCGCGCGGAUAAUCUGAAGUUAGCGGCAAAUCGAAAUACUGCCGAAAAAUCGCCAUCAACACCUCAGACACACGUAAAUUACGAAAAAUCAAGCCGCUAAUAAAAAGUGUGGAAACAGCUGUGUUUAGCUCAUUAAAAGAUAUUGUUUAUAAUCCACGAGAUGCCAGAAGGCUGCUAAAUAUAUUUGCUGUGGGUGUUGUGUUAUUUUUGCAAGCCUCCUUUGCCCCCCUGUGUUUUUGCAAAAGGGGCGUGGGAAUUUUAGCGUGCGUGUGUUGGUGUUUUGUGUAUAACAUGGAUAUAAAAGAAUUUCACAGAUAAAUCCUUCUGCAACGAAAUUAAGUGUUGAAUAUAAUAACUUGACAGAUUCGGUGAAAAAAGUAGAGAAAGGUGAAGGAAAAGUCGGAGAGGCAAGGAUAUCGUAUUAGUCAUCGCUGGCAGCGGCGUCGGCUGCGCAGUCGGCAGCGCAUCCUGACCGUCUGUGCGUGUGUACGUGUGUAUGUGCCUCUAUUUUUGUACUUCUGCCGGUUUUCGCACAAAACCAAAAAAAGGGAGACCCAAACAACAACAACUUGUUUGUUUCCUUUAUCCCUCUUCCUGAAGGAGAGGAAAAGAGAGCAGGAUGGAGCGGAAAUUUACGCGCGGGUUAAAUAAGCUCGGCUCAGCAGUGCAGAUGAGAGAGAAUGUCUCUCAGCUGGUGCGAGAGAGCGCUGUUUUGAACAAGCCAAUGGUGGUGGAGCCAAUCGACUUUGAAGCCUUUAUAGCCAAAAAUAAAACUGUUAUCCAAAAUGAUCCGCAGAGGGAGCUGCUCAUCUAUCCCGCUGACGAUGUCUCGGAGAUUGUCAUGCCUCGCAAACAGCGAACAAAUGCCAAAUCGGUGGCAGAUAGAUUCGAUCCUCCCAACGAGGCGAUAGUUUGUCCCCUCCAUGGUCCUUCUAUCAUUGGAAAUGGCAAUGGACACAGUCAAGUGAGUCGACAGGGGAGCAUUCAGUCGAAUGGAAGCCAUCACAAUAGCAAUGGCAAUGGACACACCAGCAGCAGCAGCAACAGCAGUUUGACCAACUCCAAUGGUCAUGGGCAACUCUCGAGAAAGAGUUCACAGUGCUCCAAUGGCUCCUCCAGUCACAAGGAUUCCUCGUACGAGUCAGCUCUCUCCUCGAUCACUCUACGUUCAAAUUUGGCUCAGCCGGAGGAGAUUGAUGAGUUUGGAGACGAUGGACAUGGUGAGGAUUUGGUGGAUGGACAUGCUCAUGGAUCCAGAGCGGAGUGCACCCGAUUCACUCGUCAAGCUCUAUACACCUACAGAGCCAAAAAUCAUUUGAUUCAUUAUAAAUACAAUGCCUACGGCGGAAAUUGCCAUGAUCUUCCCAGUAUUUCCCCUGCUGAGGAACUAUUGGAGGAGGUCUACGAAAUCGAUGCAGAUCAGGAUCGAAUUGACGAGCAGAUGACUCGCUCCCAGGCGGACACCAUUACCAAGCAGGGAUAUCUCCUUAAAGGACCUGAUUCAGCCUCAGAUCGAAUGUUUGCCAAUAUUGGCAACAAGUCCUUUAAGCGUCGCUAUUGCUAUCUACGCCAGGAGAUUGAUGGCACCUAUAUCUUGGAACUGCACAAGGACGAAAAGCAGGGCGAAGCCAAGGCCACAAUAGUCAUGGACUUUUGCACCGAUGUGGUGCAGAAUCCCAAACGUGGUCGCUUUUGCUUUGAACUCCGCAUGACAACGGGCCAUAAAUCCUUUACCCUGGCUGCUGAAAACGAGCAGGACUUUAAGGACUGGCUUAGCAAAAUCAACUCGGUAUUGGCCCAAAAUCGCGCCCAAGAAGAGAAACGAAACGCUUCACUGGAGCGUCAGCCCUCUGUCAACUCGAAUCCAAGUCCGCAGCUCCAACCGCCAGCAAUGGAACCACAAACCUUUGGCACCCUGAAGGGUUUGGAUCAAUCACUGCAUCCUCAACUGAUGAAAUAUGGAAGGGAAACGGAUCAUUCGAUUGCCUUGGCCAGGAGGGAACAGCGUCGUCGGUUGUUUGCCUGCUAUCAAUCGCCAGCCAAAAGCAGUGGCACUGAUAAUGUUGAGCAGUAUCGCGAGCACUUUGGCACAAGAUUACUGCUCACCUGCCACAAUCUACGCUUUCGACUGCAGUGCAUCCCGCAGGAUGAGGGAGCUCCAGCUGGAGUUGAACAGCAAGUGGAGCCCUAUAUCACCAGCUUAGCUCUUUACGACGCCAAGGCGAAUCGGAAGUUAAGCGAGAACUUUUAUUUCAAUGUGAACGAGCAGUGGGCGGCUCAGUUGUUACCGAAUACGCCAGUUCCUUCGUCUGUUGCUGGAUGUGGAGUUCCUAGGAAGUCAGCGGAGGGCGAUGAGAGGAGCUCUGCCUCCCAGGCACCUCACUCCUUAUUCGAUGGAGUCUCCGCGGAGUUGCUACGUGCGAAUCGCCAGCAAUUCCAGCAGUUGAGACAAUGUUUACUUUCAGUCACUGCGCCACAUGCAGAUAUCUACUUGGUGGUAAGAGUGGAGAAACUCCUGCAAUCUGGAAUAGCCCAAGCUGCGGAACCUUAUCUAAAAGCCGGCAAGGAUCCCAAACUCGGUCAAAAGGUCUACAAAGCGGCAAAGAGUUGCGCCCAGCACAUUGGACAUUACAGACAGCCAUUUGCCUGGGCAGCCAGACCACUGUUCAAGCAAUACAGCCAUGAACUGGAUGUUGAUCCCAAGAAGGAGUUCGAAUUCAGUCCUAUUUACCGCCAGGAAUUGCCCAAACUCAAAGAUGACGAGCUGUUAAAGCUCUUGGCCGAGUUCCGCAAGCCUGAGAAGCUGAGCAAACUAACCAUCAUUCCGGGAAGCUUGAAGAUGCAAAUGCAGUUCAUCGAUCAAACCACGCCUUGUGGCUUGAGUAAAUCCCUGGCUCCCUUGUCCACAUUUAGUCCGAAUUCCAAGCAGUCGCCCACACUCGAGUUGGCCGAAUUCCAGAGUCAAAGUGAACGGGAUGCGCAUCCUUAUACGAGUUUCUGUAAUCACCUGUAUGUGUAUCCACUGAGCUUGCAGUUCGACAGCCAGAAAUUAUUCUCGAGGGCGAGGAAUAUCACGGUUGUGGUUGAGCUGAGGGAUGGCGAUGGAGAGUACAGCAAACCUCUGAAGUGCAUCUAUGGUCGUCCUGGUCAGGAUCUUCUGGUAUCCCAGAUAGCCUGCCCGGUGCUGCAUCACAAUGUGACGCCCACUUGGUACGAGGAGAUCAAGCUGCGCCUUCCGUUGGGACUCUUUCCGGAACACCACCUCCUGUUCUCCUUCUACCACGUGUCCUGUAAUCUCAGCAAGAAGCGGGAUGCAAAUGCGGCGUUUGAGACCCCCAUUGGUUAUGCCUGGUUGCCAUUGCUGCAGAAGAAUCGGAUUUGCCUGGAGGAACAGCAGCUGCCGGUGGCUGCCACUUUGCCAGUGGGCUAUCUAUCCAUUCAGCCCUUGGGUUGGGGCAAGGGGCAGAACUGCGGUCCGGAUAUCCAGUGGAUCGACAAUCAGAGGAAUCUCUAUACGGUGGGAUUGCGUUUGGACUCAACGGUUCUCACGGCGGAUCAGCAUUUGCACAACUUCUUUGGACAUUGUGAACGAUUGCUGGAGGGUGGAAAAACGGGAGCAGUUCCGGCGGAAACGGAAACGUGCAAGAUCCUCAAAGCAGCCCAUGCGAUUGAUAUGAAAUCGUUGAUUAACUAUCUACCCACGCUCCUUAAUGAGCUGUUCACUCUGUUGGUUCACACUCAGUCGGAGGAAAUAGGAUUGAAUGUAAUCCGCCUGAUAACAAACAUUAUCCAUUUGAUAAGCGACCAAGCCAAGAGACCCGAUCUUUUGGCCGCCUACGUGAAGUAUGUGUUCCAUGCGCCUUACUACAGCCAACAAACUGCUCGACAAAGAACUGUCCACGGAGAACUCUGCAGGCACUUGCCCUACCUUUUAAAUCCCACGAAUCCGGAUUUCUUGAUCGUUAACAAAUUCAUGAGAUACUCCUCCAUAUUCUUCGAUCUGAUUGUGAAGAGUAUGGCGCAGCAUUUGCUGGCCACUGGAAGGAUUCGAAUGUUGCGCAACGAACGGUUUCCCAAGGAGUACGCCGAUCGAGUGGAGCAGUUGAUGAAAGCACUGAUGCAAUACAUAACUACUCGAUUUGAGGACUUGGCUGAGGAAACUCUAAUACUGAAUCGCUCCUUGGCAAAGUUUGUGCGCCAGUGUCUGAGUUACAUGGACAGAGGAUUUGUCUUCCGCCUCAUUCGCUGUUAUAUGGCAGAGUUUUCGCCGGGAAAUCCCAGGAUUCUCCACGAAUACAAGUUCAACUUUCUGCAGGAGAUCUGCCAGCAUGAGCAUUAUGUGCCACUCAAUCUGCCAUUUGUGUUGAACCCGAAGAACAGACCUCCUGAGAUGAUGCAGCACUUCACCCUUUCGGAGCAAUUCUGCAGGCAGCACUUCUUGUCGGGAUUGCUGCUCCAGGAAUUGAAGAGCAGUCUGAAUGAAGUGGGUCAUGUGAGAAGACACGCUCUGGGAAUCUUCAAAGAUCUGCUGGCGAAACACGAGUUGGAUAACCGAUACCAGCAGAGGGGCCAGCUCUCGAGGAUUGCCUUACUCUAUGUUCCUUGGCUGGGCGUUGUGAUGGACAACAUCCAUCGGAUCGAUGACUUAUCGGAAUCUGGAGCUUCUACCCCCAAUGGACAUGUUUAUGCGGAUUCCGCUUCCUACACCAAACGCUUGAGUUGUUCUAGUAGCUAUGUGUUCAGCAAGGACUCCUCCACUUUUGGCUCCUUGACCUCCACUCCGCGUUCAAAGAAUCGCUUGACUGUGCACUGUGAUCAACCGAGUCCUUAUCGGACCUCGGUUCACAUGAAGGAGCACAACUACUUGGCUGCCAUUGCAGGUCAACCCAUCAGCAAUGGCAUCUCGAAUCUAUCACUGAAUUCGAAUACGGAUUCAGGGCAUUCUCAGGAUACAACCACAAUUGGUGCCUACACCAAUGGCGACACAGAUGUGGCGCUUCGAAAUGGACACAAUCGCUCGGUGAGCGUUACCCACGCACAGAUCCUCUCCCGUUGCGACAAGUUCAGUUCGGUGGAGAGCAAGGACCUGCUCCUCGGUUUCCUGUUCAUCAUCAAGCACCUCUCACAAGAUCAAAUGGUCGCCUGGUGGCAGAACUGCAAUGAAUCCGAAACCCUGCAGUUCCUCUCCAUUCUGGAUCUCUGCCUGCUGCAAUUCCGCUAUGUGGGAAAGAAGAGUGUUGUGAUCACUCCGGAUUCUCGUUCAGGACGCUCGGCCAAGGCCAACACUCUGCCAGCCAGGACACAACCGCCCACAGGAGUGGAAAAUGGCAACCAGGAGCAGCAGCCGAAUAGUGGAACUCUAAAUCAACCCAGGGAAAAUCUGUUGGAGGACAUGGAUUGCUUAGCUAAGAGUCAGUUGGCUCUCUAUGAAUCCAAUUUGGCCACUGAAGUGGGAAUGAUAAUCUUAGAUUGUUUGGGCAUGUAUGUCCUGCAGUUCAGACAACUCCUGGCUGACAGCUUAAUCCUGCCCAAGGUGGCUAGAGUUUAUCUGAGAUUUCUGCAGUUGGGUCAAUCGGAGAGGCUCUCGAAACACGUCUUCGCCGCUUUGAGAGCGUUUAUAAACAACUACGCCGUGGCCUUGUUCAAAGGAAAUGCCAUGUUGUGUGGUCAGAUGGUUUAUGAACUCCUAAAAGCCUGCGAUAGUCGCCUGGUAGAGAUUCGCCAUGAAUCCUGUGCCGUUUUGUAUCUACUGAUGCGCAGUAACUUUGAAUUUAGUGGAAGGAAAGCCUUAACUCGAGUUCACUUGCAAGUGAUUAUCUCUGUAUCGCAGAUGAUUGGCAAUGUGAUUGGACUGAACAAUGCCAGAUUCCAGGAGAGUUUGUCCAUCAUCAACAGCUAUGCGAAUAGCGACAAGGCGAUGAAGGGCACAGGUUUCCCCAUGGAGGUGAAGGAUCUAACGCGCCGAGUGCGCACUGUACUUAUGGCCACUGCCCAAAUGCAGGCUCAUCAUAUGGAUCCCGAGAGGUUGCUGGAACUGCAGUAUUCCCUGGCUAACUCGUAUGCCUCUACGCCAGAACUCCGACACACUUGGCUGGUCACAAUGGCCAGAAAUCACGAACAGAAUGGAAAUCUCUCGGAGGCAGCCUGCUGCCAUCUCCAUAUUGCUGCUCUGAUGUGCGAGUAUCUUCGAUUGAGAGGAGGUUGCAGUCUCAGUUGGUCAUCCACUGCCUUUGGCAAGAUCUCUAGAAAUAUUCCGCUAGACGAGCAGGGUCUUAAACUGGAUGCUGGCGCCCAGGACUCGCAGUACACGGAACAAAUGCUCCUGGAGCAGCUGAAGCAGUGCGCCGACUUCCUCGACCGCGCUGAAAGAUUCGAGUGCCUCGGAGAGCUCUACAAACUCAUUCUGCCAAUGUACGAAAGGGAUCGCAGCUUCGUGGAGCUGGCCCACUGCUACGAACACUUAACUCAGGCCUACAAUAAAAUUGUGGAGGUGAAUCGUUCGGGAAAGCGAAUGUUGGGUCGCUUCUACAGAGUUGUAUUCUACGGAAUGAUAUACUUUGAAGAAGAUCAUGCCAUAGAGUACGUCUAUAAAGAACCCAAGCUAACUUCUCUAAGUGAAAUCUCUGAGCGACUGGCUAAACAGUACAAGGAUAAGUUUGGAGCGGAUGUGGUGAAAAUGAUCAUGGAUUCAUCACCGGUUAAAGUAGACGAAUUGGACCCCAAACUGGCCUACAUACAGGUAACCCAUGUGAUUCCUUUCUUCUCAAAGGACGAACUCGACCAGCGGCUAAAUGAAUUUGAGCAAAAUCACGAUGUGGACACGUUUAUGUAUGAAACGCCUUUCACCAAAUCGGGAGCAGCCCGUGGCAGCGUUGAAGAGCAGUGGAAACGCAAGACGGUUAUAAAAACUCAAUACUCCUUUCCUUACGUUCUAAAACGUAUACCCGUAAAAUCUCGCGAAAUCAUCGAACUGAGUCCCAUCGAGGUGGCCAUCGAUGAGAUGCAAUCCAAGGUUUCAGAGCUGGAGGAGAUCAUCCUCCCGCCAGCCGACGUGAAGAAAUUGCAGCUGCGUCUGCAGGGAAGUGUGGCUGUGACUGUGAACGCUGGUCCUUUAGCCUACGCCCACGCCUUUCUGGAUGCCAAGGUGGUCAACAACUUUUCACUGGAUCGCGUCGGAGAUCUAAAGGAUGUCUUCCGCGACUUCAUUGUGGUCUGCCAGAAGGCCCUGUUCCUGAACGAGCGGAUCAUCAGUGCGGACCAAAAGGAGUACCACCACGUGCUGAAGGAGAACUACGAGAAGCUGUGCCAGGCGCUCAGUGAGUUGCUCGACGACGAGUCCUUCCAGCCACUCGGCGACGAUGCCGACAGCAUAAAUCAGCGCAACAGCAUGGCUUUGUUCAAUGCGAUCAGUGGCGCCUCCCAUAACUCAAGACCGUAUUUUGUUGAGCAAAAUACCAGCAACAACACCCACCACCACCACAACCACCACAGUUCCCACAUAAACACACAGAACUCCACACACCAUUCAUAACCGAUAACCGAACUAUAUAAAUUCUGUGCUAAACGACCAGUUCCAUAAGUUCCAGUUAACCGAAAUCACUUGUUAAUUUCUAUGACUACGCUAAGCGACUAAGUUCUUAAAUUCCCUAUUGAUUGUUGUUAGAUUUUUAUGUUGAACGAUUCGAUUGAUUUGUAUUUCAAAUUUACAACCCUCUAAUAUAUUUGUAUAUUUUUUAUAGCAUGCGUGAAAUCUGACGAAGCACGAAACUAGUUUUUAAUUUAGUUUUAAGCUUGUAUAUUAUUAUUUUGACUUUAUUUUACCGGAUUUUUGUAAAUCUUUGAUUUAAUAUUUUUGUAAGCGAUCGGCCAAUGAUGCACUCUAUGCAACCUGUACCAGUUACUUUACUAGAUCAAAUCUGCUAACUUUGUGUCUUCUUCUAAACUCGAAAUGGCUAAAAAGAACCGUUUGAUAAUUUAAUUAUUCCUAAAGGUAAAUGAAAUUAGUUUUAGUGUUAACAAACUAGGCAAAUAAGUUCCCGCGAGCAACAGAACUUACCAAAGUAUUCAGAUAAAGGAAAUACCUAUUAAACAGAUCUACUGAUAUAUAUAUUUACAUACAUGCAUUUUCUAGUGAAAUCGUAUAAUGAACUAAAUAAAAAGAUAUACGCAUUAAAUGUUAAAA